AUGUGGAGGUGGAACCAGACCUCUCUGGGAGACUUCAUCCUUCAAGGGCUCUUCGAUGACUCCUUCAACCACCAUUGUCUUUUCCUCUUCACCAUGCUGGUCUUCCUUACCUCAGUGAGUGGCAACAGCCUCACCAUCCUCCUCAUCUGCUAUGACUCCCGUCUGCACACCCCAAUGUACUUCCUGCUCAGUCAGCUGUCCCUCAUGGAUCUGAUGCACGUCUUUACAACUGUCCCCAAGAUGGCUACCAACUACCUGUCUGGCAAGAAGUCCAUCUCCUUUGUGGGCUGUGCCACACAGCACUUCCUGUAUCUGUCUCUGGGUGGCGCAGAGUGUGUCCUCCUGGCCCUCAUGUCCUAUGACCGCUAUGUUGCCAUCUGCCGCCCCUUACACUACACUGUGCUCAUGAGCAGAAGAGUGGGAGUGAUGAUGGCUGUCAUGUCAUGGUUGGGUGCAUCUGUGAACUCCCUAAUUCACACGGCCAUUUUGAUGAGCUAUGGUUUCUGUGGGUCAAGGGUCAUCCACCACUUCUACUGUGAAUAUCCAGCUGUUGUGAAGCUGGUGUGUGGGGACAUCACUGCGUAUGAGAACAUAGCGUACAUCAGCGGCGUGACACUUCUCCUCCUCCCCAUCAUUCUUGUCUCUACAUCCUAUGGAUUCAUUCUCCACAGCGUCAUUCAGAUGCGUUCAGUUGGGAGUAAGAAGAAUGCCUUUGCCACAUGCAGCUCUCACCUCAUGGUGGUUUCCCUUUGGUUUGGUGCGUGCAUCUUCUCCUAUAUGAGACCUAGGUCCCAGCGUACCCCAUUGCAGGACAAAGUUGGUUCCGUUUUUCUACAGCACAUCGUUACUCCCACUCUGAAUCCCUUGAUUUACACUCUCCGCAAUAAGGAUGUUGCCAAGGCUCUGAAGAAACUGUUGAGGAGAGACCUUCUCACCUAG